AUUUCCACUCGUUUCUUUUGGGGUUAGUUGUCGAAACGUUGUAUGGUUCUCUUGAAGUUUUCGGGCAACUACUUAUCCACUCGCUCGAGAUAACUCUACUGACCAGUCUCGUAUUUUAGUCAUGUGAAGCGAUUGGUGUGUUCACACAAAACGGAGGGCAUUCCCUGUUUGUCCAUCGUGGUGACAUUUUACCAGUGCCUUAAGCGUUUGGCUUAUUGGAGAUUCUUCCAUAUUAUUGAAUAUUUUGAUCCUUAUUCUCUAGUCUAGUGGCAGAGCCAUGGCUGAUCUAGAUACCAUCAAAAUAAUAUUGAGGAGUUUACUCAUAUCAACUCAAAAGUGCAUGACCGUUUUUGAGUUGCAAAAAGACUACUUUAAUAGUGAAGGUGAACCAUGUCCAUACGCUGCACUGGGGUAUCGAAGCUUUCUCGCAUUCUUAGAGUCCAUACCUGAUACAGUUAGGGUGACUGCCUCUGGUGAAGUGAGACCAGUGUCUACCAAAGAAACUGCACACAUCCAGCAACUAGUAGCUUUACAGAAACGCCAAAAACCGAGAAGACGCCCUACCAGCUAUCUUGGCAGUAAAUCCUAUGGAGGUUUUAGAUCUCACGGAACAGGCGGUUUUGGAUCUGGAAGUAGAUCAUAUGGAUCUGGAAGUAGAUCAUAUGGAUCAGGAAGUAGAUCUUAUGGAGGAGGCAGUAGCUCUUAUGGAGGAGGCAGUGGAUCUCAUGGAUCAGGCAGUGGAUCUUAUAGAGGAGGCAAUGGAUCUUAUGGAUCAGGUAGUCGAUCUUAUGGAUCUGGCAGUGGAUCUUAUGCAAGUGGUGGCAUAUCUCAUGGAACAAGCAGUGGAUCAUAUGGAGGAGAAAGUAGGGUCUUCAGUGCUCAGAGCAAGCCAUCCCCACCCUCUCAAAGUAGGUAUACAUUUGAGCAUUGCCCUUCCACCACUAUAGAAGAGCACUUCCAGAAAGUAAAAGAGGUUAAGGAAAAGGCAAGGAGAGAGGAAUUGGGCUCUAGUGCUUAUCCAUCAACUUCCCCUGCCUCACCUUCCCCUGCCCUAGCAGCUAUUCCUCUGACACACUCUAAUACCAGAGAAGAUGAUAGUGUAGGAGUGAAAGGAGUUGAGCAGGAGGCUACGGAGAGAGGAUUAGUUUCUGUGCCAUCAUCUUCCCCCCAAAUCCCAGCAGGCAAUUCUUAUCAGCACAGAAUAGUGCCUGGUGGUAAAGAAAGUUCUGAUGAUUGUUCAGAAGAUAGUUUUUAUGAAAGAUUUCACGAUCCAGAGGAUAGGUGUCCUGUCCAGGUGAAGAUGGAGACAUCAAAACCUUUAGCAAGCACUGACAAUGCCUCUUGUUUGGACGGCUAUUUCAAUUCAUCUAGCAAUGUUAAUUAUACCUUGAAAACUAACUUGAAAAAUCUUAUCAAAUCUUACCCAUCAGGACUAUGGGCCUGUGUUUUACCAGAAAAAUAUGAGGAAAAAUUUGGUGUCUGUUUGAAUUGGAAUGAGCUUGGCUAUGAUAGCAUUAUUCAGAUGGCUCAUGACUUGCAAGAUGUUUUUGAUUGCAAAAGGGUUAAGAGUGGCGACUGGAUGUUGUUUGACGUCUCAAAUAAUGUGACUGAUGAUGAGAGUGACUCAAAGCCAGUUAUUGAUUUGUCAUUGUCUGUCAAGAGAAAAAUUUUUGAUAUUGUUCAGAGAUACACAUCUGGCAUUCGCGGUGAACAACUUGCCCAGUUGUAUGAGGAAUCUUAUGGUAGAUCUCUAAUUUCUGAAGCUCCUGUGUUUAAAAGCUUGGAAGACCUGCUGAGUUCUUUGCACAAUUCAGUGAUCCGUGUACGUUAUAUUCGCAGAGAAUGUUAUGUAUACCCUGGAGAGAAGCCAGAAGAACAGCUCAUGCCUAGUCUGGAUGUGGAUUUAACGGAGAAGCAACUCUUGGGAUUGUAUCCAGAGGAAGUCAUGAAGCCAGGAGAAACCUUUCCACUUCCUGAGCUGCCUCCCAAUGCAGAGCCUGGGGAAUAUGUAGAGCUCAAGGUUGCUGAAGUCUACUCUCCACACAAGUUUUGGGUCAUGCUAAGAAAAGAUGCUCUCACAUUAAACAGGUUGAUGGAUGAACUACAAGAUUUUUAUCAAGAUCAUGGAGCUAAAUAUGUCAUGCCUGAUUGCACAAUUGUAGAAGGACAGUGCUGUGUUGCUAUAUAUGAUGGCGAGUGGCAUAGAGCUGUAAUUAAAUCUGUUGGUGAAACCCCAGAGGUUAUAUACAUUGAUUAUGGAACAGUUUCCAAAUGUUCCAAAACUGAUCUACGUUUUAUUCAUAGUGAUUUUUCUGUAUUACCUAAACAAGCUAUUCGGGCAUCUUUAAGUGGUAUUGAGCCACCAAAUGGCUCACAAAGAUUUUCAAAAGAAGCUGGUUUUGCUUUUCUAGCUCUUGUUGUUGACAGAGAAUUAAUCGGCUUGGUUCAAAAAGUUGAUCUAGAGGAGCCAUUUUUGGAACUUUUCCUUAUUGACACUAAUGGUGAAACAGAUAUUCAUCUUAAUGACGUGCUAGUGACUGAAGGUCAUGCUUCAUUUAAAGAUGACCUCCUAGAAACAGCAGAUUUAAUCAAGGAAAUUAAUGGAGAGCCUGAAGAAAGUUGCCGCUCAGUAGAAAAUGGAGAGACUUGUGUAAAUGAGACUGAUCAUGGAAAGACUGAAGCUUGCCCAGCAUCUACUCAAUCUCAGAAUACUAUGCCAUCGUCACCUGUUUGCUCAAGCUCUUUAUCAGCACCCGUGAACAAUCACAACAGUUUCCCAACUGUCCCUACUGUAUCUUCUAGUGUAUCACAGACUCAGGGAACUUCAGUAUCUCAUUUGCCACCUCCUGGCUUUGGGGUCACAGGCAGUCAAAGUCCUGCCGCUGGUUACAGUGUACCUGCAACAUAUCCUUACAUGUUCCCUAAUCCACUGAUGAAUCCCUUAGCUGCUUAUUCUGUGGCGGGCAUGUCACAGGUUGGUGCAGCGUUGCUUUUGCAACAACAGCAAUGGCAACAACAACAGGCAAUUGCCAUGGCCUACUACCAAAACUUGUACCAGCAGUCAGCUGCUGCCCUUUUCAACGCUCAAGCAAGAGCAACAGCAGAUAAUGGUUGGUCCGCAUCAUCCAGUGUCAGUCAAGCGCAGACCAAUGACAAAAUUCCUCACAAGGCAAAGUCUGUUGUAACCCAACACACACUAUCAGAAGUAAGCAGUUCAGAAAUGAACAUAGAUGAUGAGACUAGUAGGGGAAAAUCUACUAUGGCUGUGGAAAUGGAGGCACCAACAUCUAGUUCUAGUUCAUCAGAAGACUACAAUAUAAGAAAUAGAUUAGCCUCAAGAAGAAAGAAAUCUUUUUAUUCUUCUCCAAUCAAUUCAAAAUCACAGCAGAGAGUUUCUCAUCAUGAUUCUGAAAAUUCAGAUGACUCUUCAGUGCCAUCAUCAACGUCCUCUUGUCGAAAUGUGGCUCCAGAUUUAGUGCAAAGUAUUGGAAAUUUAAACUUGUCAUCAUAUUCAAAUAAUUCGACUGUUACUAAUUUUUGGAAGAUUGUUGAAAUAAGUGGACGUACAUUACAUCUUUUCAAUAUUGAUGAGAAAGCAUUUCUAAGCACAGGAGAGUUGGCUCGUAACUUUACAAAGUUUAGUACAUGCGAUAUUUUGGUCAGAGUGUUGAAAAAUAUGGAUAUUAACCCACCUUACUGCAAACUACCUAGACAAGAGAAUUUGCCUUUAUUCUCUGCUCUUGAUGGGCAUGAUGGAGACAUCAAAUGUUUUGAUCUAUCUAGAAACAAAAAUGGGUCAGUUAUUGGAACUUUCCAUGUAACCCCAUUGACAAAUGUUCCAAGCAUGAUGAUAGCCCUUGACCUAGAUACAUCUAUUAUAAAAGAAUUCCGGCUGCUCCGGGAUUCUUUCAACCCUAAUGAUAGUUAUUGGACUGACUGACUUCUGGAUUCAUUUUAUGUUAUAGAUAUGAAAGUUAAUUAAUAUUAACUAUCCUCUGAACUUUGAAGUGUAUUUCAAGGUCUGCAGAUGGAUAUUUGCCUGUGUUACUAACUUUAGUGUUGUGUUGUCAUUCUCCUCUCUCCCUUUGGGAGAGAGAAAAGAAUUAUUUCUGUUUUCUUCUUAGCUGGAGUUUAUUCAAGACUUUGUUCAAGAUAUUUUCUCUACUUUUAAAGUUAAAUCACUAUUAAACUAUUAUUUUAUUGCAUUAAUUUAUGUGUUCAAAUAAAGUUGUGAAAUCAAUCAAUA